AUGUAUCUUCGCUUAGGGAGCACUCAAGAUUCUAUGGCCAAUGAGUUUUCGGAUAGUUUAUCUAAGAAAUCAAAGGAACUCAAUCAGAAGACCAGUGAAGCUGAUUUUCGUGAUCGCUCUAGGAAGCAACUGUCUGUGCCAUUGACAAUAAUGCUAUACACAGACUGGAGUUGGGGUAUGUUGGAAGGAGAUGAGCUGAGAAGAGAUAUUUCAACUCAAUAUGGUUACACAUAUACUGCUCAUGACAAAGAAGUGUCAGUGAAUGAUCCGAUCUACUACGUAGGCAGAGUCGUUUCCGACGUUGACAAGAUAUGCCUGCUGCAAAAUAAAUGGUGUCCACCCACCGGUUGUAAAUUUCAGAGCACGGGCGGCCGUCGUUACAAUCCAGAGUGGGAGAGUCAAUACAGAUGGCUGAGAUAUUCUCCUAGUACUGACGCCUGCUUUUGUUGCUACUGUGUGCUGUUUGGUGAUGAGUCACUGUCUGCUACUGCUUUCAAGACAACUGGCUUUUGUGACUGGAAGAACGCAGUUGGAGUAAAGCGUGGUGUACUGCUUUGUCAUGAGAAAAGUGAAAUUCACAAGAAUGCUUGCAUAAAAACAUUAUCUUUCAAGAAUGUGGUCGAAGGAAAGAAAAAUGAUAUUUGUACCAGCAGAUCUAAAGAAUAUGAAGAGAGAGUCAAACGUAAUCGGGCAAUUAUUCUAGCUGUAAUAGAUGUCGUUAUUGCUCUCGGUCAGCGAAAUGUUCCCUUUCGGGGUCACAGUUGGGACAAAGUUCUGAGAAAAGAAUCCAGUAACUUUGAAUACUUCCUCCAUUGGCAGUCUCAGUUCAAUCCUACUCUGAAAAGUCAUCUAGAGCACGGAAAGAAGAACGCCUGUUACAAGAGCCCGAAAAUACAAAAUGAGCUGAUAGAGUUAGCCGGUGUUGAGGUGAGAGACAAAAUACUGGAAGAUGCUCAUGCCGCUAAAUGGUUUUCGUUGAUGGCGGAUGAGUGCACAGAUACAGCUAACGUAGAGCAGAUGUCAGUCUGUAUCAGGUUUGUUGACGACUCUGUACCCGGUCAGGUUCAAGUGAGAGAAGAGUUCUUAGGAUUCGUCAAAUUGGAUUGUGCAGAUGCUCUGUCUAUUUUCAAUGCUAUUGUCAAUUUUAUGAAAGAGUGCAAUUUGGAUAUUCGUUAUCUUCGUGGCCAGGGCUACAACGGUGCUGCAGUUAUGUCAGGAAAAGUUUCCGGUGUCUCUGCUCGAAUUCUUCAGUUACAACCAAAGGCUAUAUACCAGCAUUGUCGGUCACAUAGACUGAAUUUGGUUAUUGCAUCUUCUUGUAGGCAAGUCCCUUUAAUUCAGGACUUGUUUAACUCGUUAGGAACACUGACGUGGUUUCUAGGAGGCAGUCCAAAAAGAAAAGUUAUCCUUUGUAGGCAUUUGAUAGCAGGAGACAUAGCUGAAUUGAUUACAGCAGAAGACAAGGAAGAAGAAGAACCAGAAGAAGAACUAGAAGAAAACUUAGAACAGGAGGAAACUUCGAAACUAAGUGAUAUGCUUAUUCGUAAAUCGUCAUCAAGGCAAGUCCCAGUACUGUGUGAGACAAGGUGGUCGGCUCGAUUGGCAACACUGUCCAGUGUCUCGGCCAAAUACAAAGCCAUAUACCUUGCACUGCAAGAUAUUGUUGCAGAGAGCUCUGGCACUGAUUCGAGGGCGAAAGCUUCAUCUUACCUCAGACUUUUACAGUCCUCUAGUUUUAUUGUUUGCUUGGUCGUUAGUCAGUACAUUCUGAGCUUUUGUGAUCCUCUGACGAAGCAAUCUCCAAACUGUGACGUUCUGAAGGCUUAUCAAACAGCCAAGCUGCUUCGCACAACGAUUUCUGCGCAACGACGUGAAGACAAGUUUAAAGAAUUAUGGGAAAGAGUUCAAACAGUUGCAGGCGAGGUGGAUGCCCAAAUUGAUAAACCUAGAACCGCAAUAAGAAGCACCUACAGAAGCAAUGCUGGCAUGCAGACUGCGGAACAGGACAGCGCUGUGGCAUACUUCAGAAGAAACGUGUACUACCCUUUCAUUGAUCACGCUGUGACAGAGCUCAACAAUCGCUUCCCUGAUACAUCUGAAUCAAUGCUCAUUGGGUAUAGACUUCUUCCUAGCAGUGUUAGCAGUAUAACAAGAUCUGAGGUGAAUUCAAUUAAGCUCUUCUAUGGUCCAGACUUACCAAAUGGAGCUACAUUCGAGCCUGAAGUAGAAGUUUGGAAAACCAAAUGUUUUCAACUUCCUGAGAAAGACAGGAGAGUAACAUUAACGGAUGCCGCAAAGAUGGCAGACAGUCAAUAUUUCCCCAAUAUUCAUGAGAUUUUCAAACUUAUUCUAACAUCUCCUGUUGGUUCCGUGCCGUGCGAAAGAUCGUUUUCGGCUCUCCGGAGAUUGAAGGAGUGGUCGAGAUCAACAAUGACGCAAGAAAGACUGUGUGGCUUAGCUCUUUUAUAUAUUCAUAGAGACGUGGCUGUAAGCAGAGAGAAUGUCUUACAAAGAUUUGAUUGUACAAGACACCGCCGAUUGGGGCAAUUGUCGUUAUAG